GAGUUGUUCUUGUAUCAAACAUCACCAGUCUCAACAUUUCAGCCAGCCAGUCAGCUGAUUCAGGCGAGGUAGCCGGUACCCAACAUAAGGGUUUUCCACAUCUGUGAAAUAUGCUAGGACUACAAACAUGUUCAAAACUGAUUUCAAACCAUAGUAGCUCUGAAGCUAAUAUUUCAUCAGAGAACGCCAUUUAUCGUGUCCCAAGGCGUGGUGAUUAGUUCCUCAAAAGCGGAAAGAUUGAUAACAUUGAGCCAACAAACAGAAAGAACAACAGGUACCUAGACCCAGAUAGUGUUCGGUUGACGAUAGGGGAACGCAGCCUGCAAACCUACCUACCCAUAUACAUCAGUGUCUCCUCCCCACAGCUGCAGUUGAAUUGAUAUAGUUGAUUGGUCUGUGUGCUUACCUAACACGCGACGCGACGGCCUUCUCCAACCCACAAUUCCAAUUGCUCAGCCUUGUCGCCUUCACGCACUUCACUUUAUUCCCAUUCCAGCGCCCGCCUAGUAGCGUCGAGGCCCUUCAUCCGCCCACGACCAUCCUACGAACCAAGCAUCUUGCUGCUCAAGGUCGACAGGGAUCUUUGCUUUGGAGCUUCCCAAGACAGCACUGUGGUCCUCAAACCCUUAUGCGACCCGAACGAGCUGUACCGGCCUAGCAUUCCCGCGAUCGCACCGAGGACCACCAGUCGACUCUCUGCUACACAGUAACAGUGCUUGAAAUAUCGGCGCUUUUAGUCGCUCAAACGCGGAUAUUGGGCGGGCAGGCGGCCCGGGGCAUCAACUGAACCGAGUGCGCGACUGCGUCACGUCCAAAGGCUAGCUCCCGACUUGAUCGAACCAUCCAGGCAACUCUCCUCUGUCAAGUUGCUUUCCGCUCUUGCGCCGCCUACAUUUGGUGCUUGGAUUCCUGCAAACAUUUUAUACCUACCUCCCAACAUGUUUUUCCUCCACAACCUCGAGCGGGUGGUCUCGCUGCACCCGUCCUUUUUCGGCAAAAACAUGCACGAAAUCGUGGUGCAGAGACUGCUUGCAGACACAGAAGGAACGUGCCAAGGCGAUUUUUACAUCAUUUCAGUCAUGGACGCCGUCGAUAUCUCGCCCGGAAAGAUUGUGCCCGGCAACGCGAUGGCCGAGUUCACGGUGAACUACCGCGCCGUGGUUUGGCGGCCCUUCAAGGGACAGACUGUUGACGGCAUUGUCGACUCAGUGAACCAACAUGGCUUCUUCAUCGCAGUCGGGCCCCUCAGGGUAUUCAUAACGAAGCAGAUGUGCCCACCAGACGUCAUUUACGAUGCGAACGCAAGCCCGCCAGUGUUUACAGAUAAAGACACUUGGCUUGUUGAUGUGGGCACUUUGUGCAGGGCGCGCAUCAUUGGUCUCAGGAGUGAGGUAGACACGAUGUGGGCUAUUGGCACGGUCAAUGAGGACUUCCUUGGCCCUCUUGAGUCUACUUGAGUUUGGACUAGGUAAAUAGGGCAUCAUUUCGAAUUGGUCAUGGUUCGGAGUUUUGCCUACACGAUGCAAGAGGUCAUAAUGCAUCCCCGCCACCUGAAUUAGGGAGCCUCGUCGGCAUGGAAACCAGCGUGCCCCCCAAAUUAUAUUGGCUGCUUGAGAUAGCUCGGUGCGUAGGAAAACUGACCACGCGUCUGGGCAAGUAUACAGAAACAUUUGGUCAUUUCUGCCAAGAUUUGUUCCGAAGUUUUCCUUGUCUUCUCUUCUGUUCAUACAACCUCGAUGCACAGUUCAGGCUCACUCAGGGUUUACGUCAAUGCUAUCGGGAUACCCAAACAAAAAUCCAACCUCACAAUUUGUGAGAUGACUACCACACCGGUAGCAGGAUCAUGCACACACAAAAAUCGCUCGAUGGCCUAAGCAAAUAGACUCACCUUUUUUCGAAAGGUAGCAACAGAGUUAUUUGUUCGCUUGUAAAGAUUUCUUCAACAACGAAACUCAAGUUUAUACUUUUUCCUGGAGAAAUAGUUCGUCUAGAAACAUCAUGUAUCUGGGACGCUGUGGCCAAGUUGGCUGCUCCUGAAGUAAACCUAAACUUACAGACCGAGAUGCAUGAUGUGCUGCUUGCUUGCUGUCUAAAGUAUGUUCAAGC